AUGGGUUCAACCAAUGCAACCUCCUGGAGGGGUUUCAUCUUCCUGGGUUUCUCCAGUUUUGGGGAGCUGCAACUUCUGCUCUUUGCAUUGUUCCUCUCUCUAUACCUCAUCACCCUGACCAGCAAUGUCUUCAUCAUUAUUGUUAUUAGGCUCGACAGCAACCUGCACACUCCCAUGUACCUUUUCCUUUCCUUUCUGUCUUUCUCUGAAACCUGCUAUACCUUGGGCAUCAUUCCCAGGAUGCUCUCUGGCCUGGUCAUGGGGGACCAGGCCAUCUCCUUUGUGGGCUGUGCUGCCCAGAUGUUCUUCUCAGCCUCAUGGGCCUGUACCAACUGCUUCCUCCUGGCUGUCAUGGGUUUUGACAGAUAUGUGGCCAUUUGUGCUCCACUGCACUAUGCCAGCCGCAUGCAUCCCACCCUCUGCGCCCAGCUGGUUGGCGCCUCCUUUUUGAGUGGGUACCUCUUUGGGUUGGGAAUGACACUGGUCAUUUUCCACCUCCCUUUCUGCAGCUCCCACGAGAUCCAACACUUCUUCUGUGACACGCCACCAGUGCUGAGCCUGGCCUGUGGAGAUACGGGCCUGAGUGAGCUGGGGAUCCUCAUCCUCAGCCUGCUGGUGUUGCUGGUCUCCUUCUCCUUGAUCACCAUCUCCUAUGCCUACAUCCUGGCAGCCAUCCUGAGGAUUCCCUCUGCUGAGGGGCGGAAGAAGGCCUUCUCCACCUGUGCCUCACACCUCACAGUGGUCAUUGUCCACUAUGGCUGUGCCUCCUUCAUGUACUUGAGGCCCAAAGCCAGUUACUCUCUCCAGCGGGAUCAGCUCAUUGCUGUUACUUACACUGUGGUGACCCCUCUCCUCAAUCCCAUUGUUUAUAGUCUAAGAAAUCGUGCUGUGCAGACAGCCCUGAGAAGUGCUUUCCACGGGAGGUUUCUGGGUAAAGGAUGA